GCUUUGUCUGGAGGUCCUGCUUGGCGCUGCCCGUCUCCCUGCCCCGCUUGUGGGCUGGGGCAGCCAUGUGGCAGGGUGCAGUUGUGGUAGAGCACAAGCGACUUUGGCCCCCAGGGCCUGGCUAAAUACCCCCAGGGAGCAGGCCCCGCUGGCUCGUUCCUGGCAUGGCUCUGUGCCUGCUGGGCUCAUAGGAGGGGGAGAGAGUUGGCUGAUUCCCGUUGCUAGACCCCCCAAUCCUGUCCUGGGGGCCCUGAUUGCUCCCAGUCUGGUCCGGUAUCCCAGUCCUAGGGACCAGGGGAAGGUAACGGAGCUGUGGGGUGUGGUGUGGUGUGGUGCUGUCUGCUGCGGAAUGUGCCCUGACCGGUCCGGGCAGGCUGGGCUCUGGCUUGUGCUGGCGCCUGCUGCCCUAGGCGUGUCCCCCUUGCUGACUGCCCCCCCCCCCCCCCCCAGCUGGGAGCUGGAGUUGAUGCCGCCUGGUCUUGGGGAGGGAGGGAAGAUCCUGACCAUGACGGAUGGGCUCAUGAGCAAAGCUGCCACGAUGGAGAUCCCCAUCAACGGAACCGGGGACACGAGCAGCCUGCCGGAGGACGAUGGCCUGGAGCAGGACCUGCAGCAGGUGAUGGUGUCGGGGCCCAACCUAAACGAGACCAGCAUUGUGUCGGGGGGCUACGGGGGCACCGCUGAGGGGAUCAUCCCCACCAGCACUGUCAAAGGCCCUGCAGUGCGGUAUAACGCUUCCUUCCCAGGACUGCGGCUCCUCCAUGCACAAGGCUCCUUUGUCACAUCUCAUUCCUCCCGAGGACCAUCCAUCUCACCCAGUGAAUCUGCUGCCAGCCGGAUCGCCAGCCAGGCAGAUGCAUCAGCAGGCUCUGGGCUGCACCUGCCCCACCCCGGCCCCCUGGCAGCGGGAGACGAGGCCGCCCGGGGUAUCGCUGUGGAGAAGUUUGAUAUUGUCAAGAAAUGGGGCAUCAACACAUACAAGUGCACCAAGCAGCUGAUCUCGGAGCGCUUCGGCCGGGGCUCACGCACAGUGGACCUGGAGCUGGAGACACAGAUCGAGCUGCUGCGGGACACGAAGCGCAAAUACGAGUGUGUGCUGCAACUGGCGCGGGCGCUGACCCACCACUUCUACAGCCUGGUGCAGACCCAGCACGCCCUGGGCGACGCCUUCUCCGACCUGAGCCAGAAAUCCCCCGAGCUGCAGGAGGAGUUUGGCUGUAAUGCAGAGACGCAGAAGCUGCUGUGUAAGAACGGAGAGACCCUGCUCGGGGCUGUCAACUUCUUCGUCUCCAGCAUCAACACCCUAGUGAACAAGACUAUGGAGGACACGCUCAUGACUGUUAAGCAGUAUGAGACGGCCAGGCUGGAGUACGACGCCUACCGCACAGAUCUGGAGGAGCUGAGCAUCGGCCCGCGGGACGCCAACACCCUGUGCCGCCUCGACGCCGCCCAGAGCCACUUCCAGAGCCACAAGGGGAAGUACGAGAAGCUGCGGGCCGACGUGGCCAUCAAGCUCAAGUUCCUGGAGGAGAACAAGAUCAAAGUGAUGCACAAGCAGCUGCUGCUCUUUCACAACGCCGUCUCUGCCUACUUCGCCGGCAACCAGCAGCAGCUGGCCCAGACCCUGCGGCAAUUCAACAUCAAGCUGAAGACGCCGGGUGCCGAGAAGCCCUCGUGGCUGGAGGAGCAGUGAGCGGCCUGAACUCUGAGCUCUGGCUGGGGCCAGGCGCAUGUGGGCGAGGGGGACCCCUGCACAAGCCCUGUGGCCUGGACCCUGGCUGGGUACAUGGGGUCCCUUUGCCUCCGGUGGCCCUGGGCUCCGUGCCCAGGUGGGGGCUGGAGACGGGCCCUGAGCUGCGGCAGGGCUCCCCAAUCUGCAACUCUGCCCUGAGAGUUCGGUGCCCCCAGCCUGGGCUGCUCCUAGGGGUGCAGCGCUUCAGUGACCCCCACCCAGUGCAGCUGCAGGGCAACGGGGGUCAUUCCUGGGGGGCCCAGUGUGUCCCACCCCCCAACAGGCCUCACUCCUGGGGGGGCAGCAUGUCCCACCCCCCAACAGGCCUCACUCCUGGGGUGGGGGGAGCAUGUCCCACCCCCCACCCCCCAACAGGCCUCACUCCUGGGGGGAGGGCUGUGUGUCCUGUCGUCCCCCACCCCCCAACAGGCCUCACUCCUGGGGGGGAGGGCAGCGUGUCCCACCCCCCAACAGGCCUCGGGGGGGGCAGCAUGUCCCACCCCCCAACAGGCCUCACUCCUGGGGGGAGGGCCGUGUGUCCUGUCGUCCCCCACUCCCAAUAGGCCUCACUGCUGGGUGGGAGGAGGCAGCGUGUCCUUUCCCCCCCUGCCACUCCCAAUAGACCCCACUCCUGGGGGGCCGGUGUGUCCUGUCCCCACCAACAGGCCUCACAGGCCUUCUGGGGAGCGGGAGGGGGCAGUGUCUCCUGUCCUGCCCCUCAGGGCCUCACUUCUUACAGCCCUAGGCCUCAGUGUUUUUGGGGGGAAGGGUGUGGGGGGGGUUGGGAGCCAGGACUCCUGGGUUCUGUUCCAGCUCUGGCUUGUGAUCUGGGGCCAGUCCUUCCCUUGCUUUAUGUAGUUGGUCUCUGGCAUUUCCAGAGGGGGCGGGUCAGCUGCUUUCAUUACUUCCUCCCCCCUCGGACACACACACUACAGCCUCUUCUUCCCCUGCACUGGGGCAGCAGGUGUCUGGGGACUGCCCUGCCCCUGGGCUCCAGCCCCCUCGCCCGCUGCGGGCAGGGGGACGGGUUGGGCUUGGCACACGCCUGCUGGCUGCAGUCUUUCCAUUUGCACAG